UCAUUUGCCCAUCACUUGUGAAUUUCUGCUUUCCACAGCUCUCAUUCCUGCAGAGGAUGAGUUUGAACCACAUGGAAGAUAUGCCUUUAAGCCAUUCACGUCCUCAAGAAACACAGAGACCAUCCUGGAAUCAAUGGCUCCUCUACUUGACAAUAGUCAUUUUGCUAUUAUUGCUUUGCUCCUUCAGUACGCUAAUCGUUACUUUUCUCCCAUUCAAGGUUGCCAACGAGCCCUGUGGAGCUAAGUUUGGACCAAUACCUUCAAAAUGGCAGAUGACAUCUCCUAAGCCUCCCUGUGUCAAUGAGACAGCUGACUGGAAGCUGAAGAUACUUCAGAAUGGCUUAUAUUUAAUUUAUGGCCAAGUGGCUCCCAAUACAACCUACAAAGAACCAGCUCCUUUUGAGGUGCAGCUACGUAAAAACAAAGACAUCAUACAAGUUCUAACAAACAAAUCUACAAUCCAAAAUAUAGGAGGGACUUAUGAAUUGCAUGCUGGCGAUGUGAUAGGCUUGUUAUUCAACUCUGACCAUCAAGUCCUAAAAAAUCAUACAUACUUGGGGAUCUUAUUGUUAGCAAAUCCCAAAUUCAUCUCCUAGAAACUGGAUUUGGUCUCCUCAUCCAAUUCAGCAAAUGCAGAGAGCUCGUGGGUCGGUUGGAGCAGGCAGAUUUUCAAUGUCUGAACUUGGUUUGGGUACACAGAUCAACACAAACAGAACCCCUCUGCAUGUGAAUUCUCAUCUCUCAUACUUAUUGAAAGAGACUCAGAAGAAAGGCCAAAGACAUUUGGCUAGCCCUGACAGUGGGUCAGCAAAGAUACUUUACAAAGCCAUCAGAAAAUGAAUAUGGGUGCUAGAGGACAGAAGCCCCUCAACAGUCGUUGUUUAAUUCUUGAAUCCUUGAGCAGAAAAAUGAAAUCUUAUCCCUAUGGAAGCCUUAUCUGGUAUGCAAAACAAAAAACAAAACAAAACAAAACCCCAGGGCAGUAGCCUGGCCUUGUUCUUAUAUCCUUGGGUGACUUCACUUCAUUUUUCUCAUAGUCAUGUGUUCCAAGGGCUUCCUAAUAAAAUGUAGUCAGGCUGGGAGGGCAGCCACUGAUAUGCCAACAAUACCCCCUUUAGAUUUGAAGGUGCUAGAAGGCGGGGAAUAUUCUAGAAAACAGCUGGUGUGGAAUGGAGUGAGCAUCAUUUGGGAAUUUCCCUGGGUUUCAUCGUACUCAGGAUGCAGGGUGCUUAAUAAAACCAGUUGAUGGAAGUCAUUCUGACCCUUCACACAGGGCUUCAGGAGGACUUGCUGUUUGUAUGUGUCUGUGACUGCUAUGUGGUGAAGAAAGAGUAAUCAUAGUAAUCACAGGCUUUUCAACCCCAGAAACAGGCAUUACCAGUUCCAUAUUCUGUCAUGUAAUGAUUUCCUAUUUUUAGCUGUCUCUCCACAGUCUGCAAAGGGCUUUCAGAUAUCAUAUGGCAACUUUAUGAAGUUAGUGGGGCAGGUAUUUUUUGGAACCAUUUUAACAAUGAGACUAUGGAGGCAGAUGAAACACAGAUAGGUAACUUGCCUCAGCCAUAGAACUAAUGACUAUCGGGGUCAAUGGCUUCUUAUCACACUGUCACAGCCUUACAGCUGGUAUUUCUGCUGUCAUAUUAUAGUCUUUAGAGUUUACUAGAUUCCAUUUGCAGGAGGUGUAGUUCCUGUUAGCCCAAGGUGGGUAGAGGGAGGCUACAACAGAUCUUUCUUUUCUCUGAAAAAUUCUCUAUCUUUCCCUGCCUGGAGCAGGGAGUACAAGAGUGUUACUCAGGGCUUAUUCUGACCAAAUCUCCUUCCUGUCAUUGAAAAGCCUGUCUUUUUGUGUGUUAACUUCUAAAUAUGAUGAAUAGCACUCAAUUCAAUGACAGCUUGCUAAAAUUUCGGACAAUGUUAAUUUAAGUAAGUGCUUAUGGGUUAAAAAGUAUGUAACUUGAUUGCAUGAUAAACCAAUUUAAACUAUUUAUGGAUAUCUGUAAAGAGUUACAUUAUGUUCAUUAAUACUAUUACAUAUACAGCUAAUUUAAACAUAUGUGUAUUGUGUGCAACAAAAAAAUUGCUUGGGGGCGGCUAAGCCUGAGGUCAACAUGUUUCUUUGUAAGCUCCUUAAAAAUGUAUCUGCUGAGCGCUGUAGGGCCAGAGACUUUGAUGCCUUUUUCCUCUUGCAUUUGUAUAUUUUCUCAGGAAAUUAAAAUUCUAUCAUAGAUAUUUAUGGAAACUGGGUGGUAUUGACUGUCAUUGAGUUAUAAGCUGCGGUGGGCUGCAGUGGGCUAACACUAGUUUGGGAGAGCUGAGUGUUAAAUUUUCAGAAAUUUUGCAGUCUGAUUAUUAAAUACAGCCAGCCCUGAAGUUAGCCACGGUCAGACUGUUCUGCUCAUGGGAACGGGGAAGUGCUACAGAUCAGGGCUUUUAUUUUUGGAAAGCCCAUUCGCACCACUGUUUGGAAAACUCUCCUUCUUAAUGACUUCUCUCUGCUCUUGCCUCAUUCCUGGGACAAUCAAGGCAGGCAAUGCAACCCUCAUACUCCCUGCAAAAGUCCCACCUGGGGGAGGUUUCUCAGGGCCAGGAGAGAUCUCUAUAGCUGCAGGCAGAGAGACAGCUACUCACAGAUGAUCUUUGAAUUUCCCUGGUGUUGAAAUUUCAGUUUUGUUGUCAAUGUAUAUCCUCUGUUUCCGUAUUUCCUCAAACAAGUGUUUACAUUUUAAUAGAAGAAAAUGUAUAUUGGUAAGUGGACUGCAGCUGACUUAUCCGUGGGUUAUCAGACUAGGGUUAGUGACUUAGAGCUCAUGAGGCUUCAUCGGAGAAAUCUCUGCCCGUCUGAACACAGUUUGGCAAGUGGCAGUGCAAGGGAGCUGGACACAACCAGCUUUUGGUUCUAGUGUCCCAGUUUCUGCCGAGUUAGUCAGUUUCACUAUCUGACUUCCACACAUCUCCUCAACUCCACCACACCGGCUCACACCAUCAAAGCCAUUACCCAUCUUCUCACAUGAAUUUUUACCUUCCAUUUUGCCCCGUCAGAGCUCACGUAUGUAUGUAGCAUGUAGUAUGUAGACUAGCAUGUAGUAUGUCAUCUGCUUCUGAAGAAGGCAGUUAAUUGAAAAGUGAUGCAGUCUCGUGCAUUUGGUAGAACAUAGUUAAAUGGAGUAUGUCUGUGCAUCUUGGAAAUGAAGUUCCUGCUGUUGUGUAUUUAAUAUCAAAGAAGCAAUUACAUUGGUGGGAGUGCGAGGACAUUUUUUACUAGGGGAGAAGCAAAAUCCUGUUUGACUUAUGGGUGAGGGAUCUGAGGAGUACUUUCAAGUAGAAGUUAUAACUAAUGCCUUGGCACAUACAAUUUCCCUGACUGAAUAGAUACAUCUCUAUUUCAGGGGUCACUUUGGACCCUGGAAGAGUCUCCCCACUAGUUCUGAUUCUCCUGUGAGUCCCACAUCUAUCCACAGGAAACUUGCACCCAUGUUUUGCCCCUAGAAACUCAGUGGGUACAAGCUCAUCUCAAUGCAGCAAGAGUCUCUUAUCCCUACUACCUAGGAAUUGGCCUUUCUCUUCCCAGUGGAUUUCCUUGGUUACAUCUGAUACUAGCUCACUGUCAGCUUUAGCUUCCUUAGGUGGGAGUCAGGCACCAGUUCUUUGUAUCUCCCACUUGCAAGAAAUAUAUUUCAAAGCUCUUUAAGGGGCUCCCUGAAGUCCUCCUACCAGGCUUACUGUUAGAAAGUACCUCCUGAAGCAGGAGUUGGGGAGGACUCACAGCAUAGCCACAGCUUUCUGUUUAUAACUGU